GUGCUGCAGACGGGCGUAGGCUGGCGUCCACAAAGCCUUGACGCGAUGCUCACUGGGAGUUGUAGUUUUCACUAAAUGUACAGGAGCCCGCAACCUUCCGAGCGGGGAGACGGUACAGCGAGACCACGUGAUCGGAAAAGCCGCGGUUUCCCUUUGAGCCGGAACAGGAUGACUGCGUCGACCGACGCCCGCGGCGGAGCGGACCAAUUGUCUGCCUGGCUCGAGACGUUGGCGUUUGAAAUCAGCCAAUAGACGGUCUGCUUCGAGGCUUCCUCCCGCCCCCUUCGCUCGGCCCGCGAGCGCGCUGAGGGCAGCGAGUAGGCGGCGGCGGCGAGUGGCGGCGGCGGCGGUGCGGGAGGGAAUCCGCGAUGACCGGGUCCAACGAGUUCAAGCUCAACCAGCCGCCCGAGGAUGGCAUCUCCUCGGUCAAGUUCAGCCCCAACACCUCCCAGUUCCUGUUGGUCUCGUCCUGGGACACGUCGGUGCGCCUCUACGACGUGCCCACCAACUCCAUGCGGCUCAAGUACCAGCACACGGGCGCUGUGCUGGACUGCGCCUUCUACGACCCAACCCAUGCCUGGAGCGGGGGGUUAGAUCAGCAGCUGAAGAUGCGUGAUUUGAACACUGAUCAAGAAAAUCUUGUGGGAACCCAUGAUGCGCCAAUCAGAUGUGUUGAGUACUGUCCGGAAGUGAAUGUGAUGGUUACGGGAAGUUGGGAUCAGACAGUUAAGUUGUGGGAUCCCAGAACUCCAUGCAAUGCUGGGACCUUCUCUCAGCCUGAGAAGGUCUACACGCUCUCGGUAUCUGGGGACCGGCUGAUUGUGGGCACGGCGGGCCGCAGGGUGCUGGUGUGGGACCUGCGGAACAUGGGCUACGUGCAGCAGCGCAGGGAGUCCAGCCUCAAGUACCAGACACGCUGCAUCCGCGCCUUCCCCAACAAGCAGGGCUAUGUGUUAAGCUCCAUCGAAGGCCGAGUGGCCGUUGAGUACCUGGACCCCAGCCCUGAGGUGCAGAAGAAGAAGUACGCCUUCAAGUGCCACCGGCUGAGAGAGAACAACAUCGAGCAGAUCUACCCUGUCAACGCCAUCUCCUUUCACAGCGUGCACAAUACGUUUGCCACAGGUGGUUCUGAUGGAUUUGUAAAUAUUUGGGACCCAUUUAACAAAAAGCGGCUGUGCCAGUUCCAUCGGUACCCCACCAGCAUCGCGUCACUUGCCUUCAGUAAUGACGGGACCACGCUUGCAAUAGCGUCAUCCUAUAUGUAUGAGAUGGACGACAUGGAGCAUCCUGAAGAUGGUAUCUUCAUUCGCCAAGUGACAGAUGCAGAGACAAAGCCCAAGUCACCCUGUACUUGACAAGAUUUCAUUUACUUAAGUGCCAUGUUGAUGAUGAUUAUAAAACAAUUCGUACUCCCCAGUGGUGGAUUUAUUACUAUUAACAAAGAUACCAGGGAAACAAUUUUAAUAUUUUAAGAACCUGAAGAUAAUGGAAAAGAGGUUUUUUUUUUAACAAUUUUUUCAAUUGAACACUCUGUGUAGUGCAUGAGAUGUCUGAUGUUUGCUGCGUCAAGGGGACCUGGGCAGUUGGAGGCCAGUGACCGCACUUGUGGGAAUCAGUUUUGACUUUGAGUUUUGUUUCUACUGUGGAAAAUAAAUGUUUGUAAAUAAAUAUGGGCAAUAAAAAUCCCUUUGCAUUC